GCGAGCAGGAGGGGGCUGCACGCGACGCCUGCUGCCCUAAGGUUCCUGGCCCUGGCAGCGACAUUACUGCUCAAGCUGCCUGGAUUUCUCCUCCAGCCCCGAGCCCGGUGCCCAGCAGAGGUGAGCUGGCAGGAGGGUGCCCGGGCCAGCGAGGCAGCAGGCUGAGGGGAAUGGGCUUGCUCAGCACCCCACAGCCACUCGGGGCAGUGCCAGGAAGAGAACCCAGGUGUCCGGGAGCCCUGUCUCCUGCUCCAACUCUUACUAUGAGAUGUGCUGGCUGCUUCGCAUGCCCAGCCCCAGGUUAGCGUGGCAGCUCCCUACAUGCCACUGGUGGGGUGGCACUGCCCACCGGAGCACUUUGCCCUCACUAGGGCUAACACUGGCCCGGGGCACAUGCGCCUGUUGUGAGAUGUGGGACCCCCCAGCCACGGGCAGCUCCCACCUGCCGCCGAUCCCCCAGCUCCCCGGGGGACAGCAGGGAGAGGCCUGGCAAGGUGAGAGUCUGUGGGGGGACCACAGCUGCUGUCCUGGGGGUGGCUGAGCAGCGCCUGACCUCCGAGGCAGCCAGUCCCCCGGGAGCCCUGGCUCUGCUGACCAUGGCCAAGCCCCAGCGUCGGGCACUAGCAGUACCAGGGAGCCCUGGAACCUCCCACCUGCCGGGCUGGCAGGAAGGAGGCCCGGGCCACUGCGUAGGGAAGAGGGAGCCCUGUCCCACCCCCCUUCCCAUCACCCCCAGUCUCUUUCCCCUCUGCCCUGUGCACCCUGGGCCCACGGCUCCCCACAGAUCUGACCUCCACCCACACUCCCCUCGCCCAGCCCAGCCCAGCCCAGCCCGGCGUAACCCUCUCCCCUCGCUCUCCCCAGGCUGGACUCCGGUGCCCAUGGAGCUGCUGCUCGCUCUUCUGCUGCUGAUCCAGGUGCCCGGUGCGGCGAGCCAGGACAAGCCAGGCUGCUCCGCGGGCAGCUGCCACCCGGCCACCGGGAACCUGCUCAUCGGGCGGGCCCAGAACCUGAGUGCUACGUCCACGUGUGGGCUGUGGGGGCCCCAGGAGUACUGCAUCGUCAGCCACCUGCAGGACUCGGAGAAAUGCUUCUCCUGCGAUUCCCGGUCCCCGUCUCUGCACAACAGCCACCGCAUCCAGAAUGUGCUGUACCUCAGCGGCCGGGACGGGCACCCCACCUGGUGGCAGUCAGAGAAUGGCGUGGAGCAUGUCAGCAUCCGCCUGGACCUGGAGGCCGAGUUCCACUUCACUCACCUCAUCAUGAAAUUUAAGACUUUCCGUCCGGCGGCGAUGCUGAUCGAGCGCUCGGCGGAUUUCGGUCGCACCUGGAAGGUUUAUCGCUACUUCGCCUACAAUUGCUCCCGGCUGUUCCCGGCCGUGGCUGUGCAGGCAUCAGGCCGCGUGGACCAGGUGCUGUGCGAGCAGCGCUACUCCGAGAUCGAACCCUCCAGCCAUGGUGAGGUGAUUUUCAAGGUCCUGGACCCGUCCAUCCCAGUGGAGGAUCCAUACAGCCCAGCCAUCCAGGAUCUGCUGCGUGUCACCAACCUGCGGGUGAACCUGACCAAGCUGCACACGCUGGGCGACAACCUGCUGGACUCGCGGCGGGAGAUCCAGGAGAAAUAUUACUAUGCCCUCUACGAGCUGGUGCUGCGCGGGAGCUGCUUCUGCUACGGCCACGCCUCCGAGUGCGCGCCCGUCCCCGGCGCCCAGGCCAACGUGGAGGGCAUGAUUCACGGCCGCUGCGUUUGCAGGCACCACACCACAGGCCUGAACUGCGAGCGGUGCCAGGACUUCUACCAGGACCGGCCCUGGCGCCCUGCCGGGGGCACCGACCCACCCGCCUGCCAAGGGUGUAACUACCAGCACUCACGCCGUGCAUUCGACAUGGCGUGUACCGUGGCCACGGGCAACGCCAGCGGCGGAGGCGUCUGUGACGACUGUCAGCACAACACGAUCCGCAGCUGCCAGCUCUGCAAACCCUUCUAUACACAGGCCCGGCGGCCGACAUACCGGGCCAGCAGCGCUGCGGCAGCCUGUGACUGUGACCCGGUGGGCUCCCUGGAUGGUGGAGUGUGUGACAGCCACACAGACGUGGCACUGGGCAUGAUCGCCGGGCAAUGCCGCUGCAAGGAACACGUCCAGGGCGUGCGCUGCGACAGCUGCAAGGAGGCCUUCUAUGGGCUAAGCCGCACCGACCCACAGGGCUGCCAGCCCUGCAGGUGCGACCCUCGUGGCAUCAUUGCGGGCAGCCCCCCUUGCGACCACAUCAGUGGAGACUGCUACUGCAAGCGCUUUGUCAGCGGCCGGUACUGCAACCAGUGCCUGCCCGAGUUCUGGGGCCUGAGCAACGACAUGGCCGGCUGCCGCUCCUGUGCCUGCGACUUUGGGGGCGCCUACAGCAACAGGUGCUCCAUGGAGGACGGGUUGUGCCCCUGCCGGCCCCACCUCAUCGGGCGCCAGUGUGACCAGGUGCAACCUGGCUACUUCUGUGCACCCCUGGAUUACUACAGCUACGAGGCGGAGCAUGCCACAGGCCACGCGCCCAGCCACUCCAUGCUGCCGGGAGCACUGCGCCCCGAGGCCCCCCCGGACUGCCUGGAGUAUUCCAGUGGGCUUCCGAACGGGCGGAAGGGGCGUUUGCGACGCCAGCACAGUGCCAUGCAGCUCCUGCAGCACCGAGCCCUGUCCCGGCGCGGCCGGCAGCCGCAGCACAAGCCCGACGUGGAGGUGGUGUCCCGGGAGCACGCAGGUCACAUGAUCACAUGGACAGGGCCCGGCUUCGCCCGCGUGCGGGAUGGGGCCGGCCUGUCCUUCCAUAUCAGCAACAUCCCCUACGCCAUGGAGUACGACAUCCUGAUCCGCUACGAGCCCGAGUCCACAGAGGACUGGGAGGCCAGCGUCAGCGUCAGUGCCCAGGCGUUGCCCACGAGCCCUCGCUGCGCGAACGUGCUGCCCUCAGAGCAGAGGUACCAGGAGAACCUGCCGCACACCCAGAGGUUUCCUUUUGUCCCACUGCGGCUGGGCUCCCCUCCACCCAGCUCGGCUAUGUCCGCCUGGCUCGGCUCACCCCCGCCCCCGGCCCUGAUGCCAUGUGGGCUGGGCUUGCCGCGCUUCCCCCCGCCUCGUGCCCUGUCCCGUGGUACCCUGCCUGUCCCGGCUUUCUGCUUCGCCCAGGACACCAGUACGAGGUCGCCAUCAGCUCCAGCGGGCAAUGGACCGCGCCCGGCUGCACUUCCUCCUCUCGACUCCCUCGUUCUUCUGCCGCGAGUGCUGGAGCUGCCGGCUUUCCAAGGCCACAACCCGGCAGCGGUGCAGCACCGCAAGGAGCUGGAGCGCUACCUGUGCCAGGAGGCGUUCCGCAUGGCGACCAUGCCAGCGCUGGCCGAGAUGUGUGCCCGCCUGCUCUGCAGCAUCUCGGCCUUGCUGCACGAUGGGGCCCUGGCCUGCCAGUGCGACCCCCAAGGCUCUACCAGCAGCAUGUGUCAGCCAGUGGGUGGGCAGUGCACGUGCAAACCCCACGUGAUCGGCCGGCGCUGUGACCAGUGUGCUCCAGGCACCUAUGGCUUUGGGCCCUCCGGCUGCAGUCGUGAGUACCUGUGUAGGCGGGGGAAGCGAGGUGGUUUCUCUCUCUCUGCUGUGGGCAGGUGCUUGGAGGGUUACUAUGGCGACCCGGUGCUGGGCUCCGGGCAGCAGUGCCGGCCCUGCCCCUGCCCUGGGUACCCUGGGACUCGGCAUUACCACGGUAACUCCUGCCACGCCGACCAGGAGACCAAUCAGAUCGUCUGUGUGUGUGCCCCAGGCUACACAGGCCCACGCUGUGACCACUGCUCCCCCGGCUACUUCGGGGCCCCAGAGCAGGAGGGCGGGAGCUGCCGGCCCUGCCAGUGCAACAACAACAUCGACACCAGCGACCCCUUGGCCUGCGACCCCCACAGCGGGCAGUGCCUGCGCUGCCUGCACCACACAGCCGGGCCCCGCUGCGCGGACUGCCAGCCCGGCUACCAUGGCAAUGCCCUGCAACGCAGCUGCCGACGCUGCACCUGUAACCAGCUCGGCACACUGCCCACCCACUGCACCUCUGGCACCUGCUCCUGCAACCAGCUCACGGGCAGCUGCCCCUGCCGUGGCCACGUGGUGGGCAGGAACUGCGAUCAGUGCGCCCCUGGCUUCUGGAGCUUCGGUGGGGAGCAGGGCUGCAAGCCCUGCAGCUGCCACCCGGCCCACUCCCUGCAGCAGAGCUGCAACAUGUUCACAGGGCAGUGCCCGUGCCGGCCGGGCUUCGGGGGCCGCAUCUGCGCCGAUUGCCAGGAGAACCACUGGGGCGAGCCAGAGCGGGAGUGCCGGACCUGUGACUGCGACCCGGCCGGGGCGGAGAGCCUGCAGUGUGAGCGUCUCAGCGGGCGCUGUGCCUGCCGGCCUGGCUUCACAGGGCAGCACUGCGACCGCUGCCUCCGCAGCUUCCAGGACAACUUUCCCCGCUGCGACCGCUGCCCACCUUGUUUCGCCCAGUGGGACCUGGCCCUGGCCCGGCUGCACAACCAGCUGCGCCAGCUGCAGGAGCAGGCGCAGGCGCUGCAGGAGGGAGGCCCUGGGCCUGAGCUCAGCAGCAGCUGCCUGCAGGACCUGGAGAGCAAGCUGAGGCGCACGGAGCAGCUGGUCGGGGACAGCAGCAGCCAGGGCGCCCCCCUCCUGCGCCACCUGGGCCGCCAGCUGGACGACACCAGGGAGGACAUGGACGAGGUCUGGAAGCAGCUGCAGGCUGCGGAGGGGCGCCUGGACGGGCUGGCUGGGGCGGACACGGAGCAGAGGGGCCGCCUGGCCAACCUGAGCAGGGAGCUGCAGGAGCAGAACCGCACCCUCUCCCACCAGCAGGAGCAGCUGGCAAACUGGAAAGAGGCCAGCUUUUGGGAGUCCUACUGGAGCAUCCAGACCUACUCUGAGAGCUCGACGCAGGCAGCGCAGCGGGCCAGUGCCUCGGUGCAGGGGCCAGCCAGCCCGGUGGGCCAGGCCCAGUGCACACGGCAGGCCACAGAGGAGCUGCUGCGCGACACCAGCAGCGCCUUCCGCAGGACCCUGGCAGCGCAGAGGAGUUCGCUGCGGGAGGCCCAGAAACGGGUGGCUGCACUCAGCAUCUCCAGGCUCAACGAGAGGAUCUGUGGAGUGAAGGGAGAUCAGGACUGCCAACAAGCCCCCUGUGGAGGGGCCUCUUGCCAGGACGACUCUGGGCAGCGGCGCUGUGGGGGCCCAGGCUGCAGGGGGGCGCUCCCCGUCUCCACACAGGCCCUGCGCACUGCCCAGGAUGUCUCACGCCAGCUGGAAAGCGCGGCCGGGCAGCUGGGCACCAUCGCCCUUAAGGUGCAGGAGAUCCAGGAGCUGGCCCGAGGCGCCAGGAGACGAGCCCAGGACACACUGGAUGGGUCCCAGGCAGCCAGAGGCCACAUGGAGGAGUCCACAGCCAGGCUGCGAGAAUUCAUCCGGAAGAUCAAGGACUUCCUGGCAGAGGAGGGAGCCGACCCGGAGAGCAUCGAGCUGGUGGCCCGGCAGGUGCUGAACAUCUCCCUGCCCAGCAGCCCCAGCAGGAUCCGGCACCUGCUGCAGAAGAUCCAGGACAGUAUCCGGCAGCUGGACGGGGUGGACGCUGUCCUGAACAGCACAGCCCAUGGCCUGGCUGCCGCCAAGGAGCUGCUCACACGGGCAGAGCAGGCCAGACAAAGGCCUGAUCCUUCCCCGGGGCAUCCCCACACCCUGAACCCCCUUACUGGGGCUGGGGAACCCCUCCCUCCUCCGCUGGCUGGAGCCCCCCCUCCGGUCCCGCCCCAGCUGCUCUUCCCUGGGGCCCGGCCGGGCCGGGGGCUCGCGUGGACUCUCAAUCGCGAGGCGGAGCGCAGGCUCCGGGGGCUGCAGGAGAAGGAGGCGCAGGUGCUGCGGCCCCUGCAGGCGCUGGCGAAGCAGGUGGCUGCCCUGCAGGACAAGGCCAGGGCCAACCGGGGCCUGGCCAAGGAGGCCAAGGAGAAAGCGGAGCGAGCCGUGUCGGCCACGGGGGAGCUGGACCAGGCUUCUGCGCUGGACACUGCCCCAGUGCCCAAAGGAACCAUGGCCCUAAGCUGA